CUCAGACCGGGUCCUCGUGACACUGACGCCAACGGUUCUUUCCGUUACUUCCGCAUGUACGGGAAGAAGGGUGUGGACGUCGAGAGCGGAACAUUCGUGUUGAAGCUGUUAUGAGUUGUGAUACCGUCCUGUGUGUCCUGUACUGAUCCCGGGACAUCAUGCGGAGAGUGGCCGUGUUCUGUGUGCUGUUGGCGGCGCUGAGAUCCGCUCUCACCGCGGAAAGUAUGAAAUACUUCCAGAAUGGCGGCAAUCUAACGCUGGACCUGAGCCCCCCGUCUUCUGCCCGCAUCACGAACAUCGUGUGGAAGUUCGGAGGGGAUCUGCUGGCGGAGUGGGCCGACCAGAAGCUUCCUCUGAACAUCUUCAGCCCCUUUGAAAACCACGCGACCCUGAACCUGCAGACCGGAAGUUUGCACAUCUACAACAUGGGUGAAGCUCACGGGGGUUUGUACACGGUGGAGAUCAACGACCGUGUGCAGACGGUCUCAUAUCAAGCUGUACGGACCACAGGCUUCGCCCCCCCCGUGGUGGUGAUCAGUCCGCUGGUCUGCAGCAAAGACUCGAGCAGCUGUACGAUGUCCUGUAAUGCGGACGUCACGGGGGCUGGACCCGUCACCUACAGCUGGAGGUUUGGGGAAGAUUGGCAGAAGGAGGAGAAGAAGAAGGACGUGACCAUCACCAUGAAAGAUCAUGGCCAGUUCGAGACCUUCACCUGCCGGAUAGAGAGCCUAUUCAAAAAGGAAGAAAGUGUCCCCAUUAAGAACGUUCUCUACAACCCGGAGCCCCCAGCGUCUAUUGUGGGUGGUGUCCUCGGUGUCCUCAGUGUACUUUUCGGUGUGGUUGGGGUUGGGGUUGGGGUGUUCCUGUAUAAGAAAGGCAAAUGCGAUCAUCUAUUCUCCAAUGCUCCUGCUCCUGCUCCUGCUCCUGCUCCUGCUCCUGCUCCUGCUCCUGCUCCUGCUCCUGCUCCUGGAGGAGAAGAGACACCUCUGACUGCUGUUACAACCACGCCGCCGGAUUCAUCCGACGCAAACGGAGGAAGAGGAUAGAAAGUGAAGCUGUGGAGCUCUGCCAUCUUCCAUCAUGUUAAAACAAACAUGUACAUGUGUGUGUUUUUAGCUGAAUCAUCGACUGUUACUGCAGCUGAAGGACUCCCCCCACAUUAAUCACUCUGCUGACAGCAGCAUGAUGGCACAUGUUUGUAUGUUUAUAAGAAGCGCACAUGUGGGACAGCUGUUGCUCAUGGGGCUGGGCCAUAUUGAACAGAAUGAAUUGGCAACUUUUUUUAACUACAAAAAAACAAAUAGGCUAAUUUAAUGCUUUUUAAAUGUGUGUAUGUGAUGCUUUUGUUUGUCAUUAAUUAUAACUGAGUAGGAAAAUGUUUUGUUGCAUGAAUUGUGUUCUACAUUUCAGCAUGCAAUUCAUAGUAUUACUGAUGACAAUCCCACGUGCUCCAAACAAUAUACAGUGUGAAAUAUUAAAUUACCAGCUCUGAAGAAGCAUUUUGUUAUUCU